AUGUCCAGAGAACCCAGCUUAACACCCUUACGGGUGCAUGUUGUUGAUGAGCAACCUUUGGUUACUGAGUCUGAGCCAUUCCUGGAUGCCAGUAACAUAAGCACAGAUACACCGAUUGCAAUUGAUUUUGGUUCAUAUGAGGUUCGGGCAGGCUACGUCAACCAGGGUGAUCCGGCUUUAGUGUUUACGAAUAGGUUGGCUAGAUAUAGGGAUCGCAAGGCAAGUAGAACGUACACUUUUGUUGGCAAUGAUACGAAUCUCGACCAAUCCAUUAGAACACAGAGCAAAAGCCCAUUUGAUGGUUCAAUGAUAACGAAUUGGGAUUACGUGGAUGACAUCCUUGCGUACACUUUUCAUCAUUUAGAUGUUCGAGGGAAUGGGGGUGUGCCCAAUCCUGUGUUAAUUACCGAAAGGAUGGCAGCGUUACAAUCUCAAAGAUCCAAUUGGUACGAACUCUUAUUUGAAUGCUACAAUCUACAAAAAGUUACAUUUGGUAUUGAUAGUUUAUUUUCUUUUUACGGUGAGCAUCCACCAGGGACUACUGGCAUUGCUAUAAACAGUGGGAAUGAGGAUACCAGUGUGAUUCCUGUUGUGAACGGCAAAGGCAUUCUCACUGAGGCAAAGAGGAUUAAUUGGGGCGGUCAGCAGUCUGUGGGAUACUUAAAUGGGUUGUUGUCGCUAAAAUAUCCAUAUUUCCCCACUAAAUUGGUCAACAAUCAAUUUGAAUCAAUGUAUCGUGAUUUUUGCUACUUCUCCACUAAUUUUGAAGAAGAAAUAAGUACUCUAUUGACAAUGGAAAAUUUGGAGAGUAAAGAUAUUGUUGUUGAAGCUCCGUUUACAGAAAUUGUGCAAGUUCAAAAGACGGAAGAAGAGCUACGUCUGCAAGCAGAGAAGAGAAGAGAAACUGGCAAAAGGCUACAAGAACAAGCAAAGCAAAGAAGGAAAGAAAAAUUGGUUCAAAAAGAGGAAGAAUAUGAGUAUUACCUUCAAAUAAGAGUUCAAUUACAAGACCAACCUAAAAAGAGUGUUUUAGCAACUUUACAGAAGGCAGGGUUUGAUGACGAGGAGGACUUCAAUAAAUAUAUAUUAAGUUUGGAGCGUUCAUUGAAACGUGCACGAGUGCUUGAUGCUGAUGCCAAUGACGAGGAAGAAACCACUGUGCCUGUGUUUGAUUUAGUUAACAUACCUGACGAAGAAUUAACUGAAGAGCAGAAAAGAGAAAAGAGAAAGCAGAGGUUAAUGAAGGCUAAUUAUGAUGCUAGAAUGAAAGCUAAAGAAGAGAAAUUGGAACAACAAAAAAGGGAUGAAGAAGCAAGACUAAGGGAUGUACAAUGGAGGGAAGCGGAUCUAAAAGGUUGGAUUAAGGAUAAAAGAGCCAAGUUAUCUAACUUGAUGAAAAGUAGAAAGGAGAAACUAAAGAUGAAAGAAGAUAUGAAAGAUCGCAAGUCACAGGCGGCACAAAAAAGGAUGAAAAAUAUUGCUUCAUUAGCUGAAGACAAGAUCUCCGGAAACAAAAGAUCAAAGCAGCAAGCCACUAUCGAUAAUGAUCCCAAUGACACUUUUGGUGCUAAUGAUGACGAUUGGAUGAUCUACAAUGAUAUAUCACAAAAUCCAGAAGCGCUAGAUGAGGCGCUUGAAGAAGAAUAUAAAACAAUUGUAGAAAUUGAAAAGGAAUUAUUAGAGCAUGAUCCAACUUUUACUGAGGAGGAUACUUUAGAUGCUCAGUAUGACUGGAGAAAUUCCGUAUUACAUUUAUUUUUGAGAGGCCCAAGAUCUCAUGAUAGUGAAAGUAUACACGAGCAGCAUCAAAUGCAUCUCAAUGUCGAACGAAUCCGAGUACCUGAAGUAAUAUUUCAGCCUUCUAUUGGUGGACUGGACCAAGCAGGAAUUGUUGAAUUGUGCGAAACUUUAUUAUUGAAAAAAUUUGGUUCAAAUAGACGUGAAUUGAGCGAGAUCUCAAAGAUGAUGGCUAAAAACAUUUUUAUUACCGGUGGCAAUGCUAAACUUCCUGGUAUCAGAGAACGUGUAGUACGUGAAUUUACUGGUUUCUUGCCUGUUGGGACAAACUUGAAUGUUAAAUUAGCAGAAGACCCAUCAAUGUCCGCCUGGAGAGGAAUGGCUAAAUUCGCGAAUAAUACAUCACUUUAUGAAACGUCCAUUAUGACCAAAAAGGAAUAUGAAGAGCUUGGGCCUGAGUACAUCAAGGAGCAUAAUCUUGGAAAUGCUAAAUUUGUAGAUUAA